AUCAACAUCUUCCCAGAGCUCUCUUCCUUUGUGUCUCUGUCUCUGUCUCAGUACUCUGGGAUUAAUUGAGGAUAUGGGCUGUCUGAAUUUUGUCAAGGAUGGAGUAAUCAGGCUGCCUCCUGGUUUUCGAUUUCAACCAACCGAUGAAGAGAUUGUCUUCCAAUAUUUGCUGCGUAAAACAUUUUCUUGUCCUUUGCCUGCUUCAAUCAUUCCUGAGAUCAAUGUCUGCAAGCAUGAUCCCUGGGAUUUGCCGGGUGAUUUGGAGCAAGACAGAUAUUUCUUCAGCAACAAGGAAGCCAAGUACCCUAACGGUAACAGGACGAAUAGAGCUACUGAUACUGGCUACUGGAAGGCCACUGGUGUAGACAAACAAAUUGUGUCUUCCAGGAGAAAACCGCUGCUGGGGUUAAGGAAAACAUUGGUAUUCCACAAAGGGAAGUCUCCGCAUGGCUCCAGAACGGAUUGGAUCAUGCAUGAAUAUCGCCUUAUCCUCACAGGAAAAACAGCCUGCUGCUCGCAACAAACUGCAAAAUCUUCUCAGAGUUCUUCGGUCCAAUUGGGCAAUUGGGUUCUAUGCCAUAUAUUUUUGAAGAAAGGAAGCACCAAAGCUGUAGAUGAAACUGUGCAGGUUUGCAAGAAUUAUAAGAAUAUAGCCGAGCAAAAUGUGAGAAUGGACCAGCAUAGAUUCGAAAAUUUCACUAUUGGCAACUUGAGUGAAGUAGCUUCAACCUCGUCCUCCAGUUCUUUCUUCUCUGAUCCAAGUGUUCUAACUGAGGUCUCCUCUAGUCAGUGUGAUUACGAAGAAACUAGUAGCCCCAUUGUAUAAUUUCCUUUAUUUAUUGGCUUCAUCUCACUUUGGAUCUAGUUCCUCUUCAUCUUGUGUUGAUCUUUAGCC